AUGGCACAGGCCAUCACGAUGCAGGCUCAGGCUAUGACUGCCCAAGUCAAUUGGCAGGAAGUUCAGAGGGAGAACCCAUCAGUUCGCAGCAUGGCUGACAGCCUGCGAAAUUUCACAAGGAUGAAUCCUCCUAUAUUCAGAGGGGCUAACACAUCGGACGAUCCUCAAGAGUUUGUAGAUGAGGUGCAUAAGAUCCUAGUGGAUAUGGGGACUACUGAUAUUGAUAAGGCUGAGCUGGCUUCCUAUCAGCUCAAGGAUGUUGCACAAACAUGGUGCAAAAUCUGGACAGCUAGUCGUGUCUUAGAUGGAGUGCCAAUCACAUGGGAGCUGUUCAAGACAGCAUUUCUGGAGAGAUUCUUCCCCAGAGAGAUGAAGGACUCCAAGGUUGAAGAGUUCAUCAACCUUUAA